UGCAAUGUUUAACGAUAUAAAAUGGUGGUGACCUCCCGUGGUAGAUGCAAUAUUCGCAAUUGAACCCGGCAGAGUUUUGCUAUUACCACUAAUUACAAUGAAGAAACGGUUGUAAUAGUAUUUGUUGCUUGGUUGAUGUUAGGACUCGUUCAGUCUUAUGGUCGAACUUAAAGUACAAAGUUACCCCGAUGCUUCUGCGUGCUACUCUGUUGUGUGACGUCGCAUUGUCUUUUAAUAGUCAGCCCCUGUGACCGGUUUUUCCGUCGUUAACAAGGCACCGUUGUACGUCGAGACGCGCCCUCGUCCGACCUUGAAACCUAUAAUCGUUCAUAGCGUUCGAUGUUCCAAACAUCGUCUGGAAAACUAUUAAUUGUGCUCUACAGGUUCGAAUCCUUUUUGUUUUCUUCGGCGCCUCGUUAACGCAGAACAACAGUGAAAUGGCGAAAAAGACAUACGAUCUGUUGUUCAAGUUACUGUUAAUCGGUGAUUCCGGAGUUGGUAAAACUUGUAUACUGUUUAGAUUUUCAGACGAUGCUUUCUCAACGACGUUUAUUUCUACCAUAGGUAUCGAUUUUAAAAUCAAGACAGUGGAAUUAAGAGGAAAAAAAAUCAAGUUACAGAUAUGGGAUACAGCUGGUCAAGAAAGAUUUCAUACCAUUACCACAUCUUACUAUAGAGGUGCAAUGGGUAUUAUGCUUGUUUAUGAUAUUACUAAUGAAAAGACAUUUGAAAACAUUGUCAAAUGGUUGAGAAAUAUUGAUGAACAUGCAAAUGAGGAUGUGGAGAAGAUGAUAUUAGGAAAUAAAAGUGAUAUGGAAGAUAAACGUGUUGUUAGCACAGAAAGAGGGGAAGCGAUAGCAAGAGAGCAUGGAAUCAGAUUUAUGGAAACAUCUGCAAAAGCAAACAUUAAUAUUGAUCGUGCAUUUAGUGAAUUAGCUGAAGCAAUAUUGGAAAAAACUCAUGGAAAAGAACCACAAGAUGCUCCUGAUAGAGUAACAGUUGAUCGAAAAGUGGAAAGAAAUUCUAAUCGGUGCUGCUAAUCUUACAUUAUUUAUUUUAAUGGCGCAUAAUAUAUUAUAUAUCAGCUCGUGCCACUCGAAAUAGAUUUGUGGAUAGAUUUAGAGCAUAAUUUAAAGCAUAAUAGUAUAAUUAAACUCUUCACAACA